AUUUUAAUUUUUAAUUAAUAAAAAAAUCUUUGUGUAUCUCAUUUUUUAAAGAAUUAUUCAUAAUUUCAUCAAAUGAUUUUAGGUAUUGAACGCUGCUAACAAGAGAAAAGUAUACAAUUGUGAUAUCUACAAACAUAUGAAUGUAAUUGUUUAGUUGCUGUCAUUUGACAGUUUAAUUUUGUUUUAAUUUCGUGUUAUCUUAAUUUCAAUUUUUGUUCAAUUUCUGUUCAAUGUGUGUUUAUCAUGGUUUCCGGAAACGAUUGUUUGCACGAUGAAACAGAAUCCUCGAAUAUAACGUCUUUGCAGACAGAUUCUAGUUGCAAGACUAGUACCAACGUCAAACAAUCUUCGCACGAAUCUGUCUGUCAAAAAGAUUCAUGUAAUAAUUUUCAACAGUUUAAUUGUGGGUAAAUCAGGUACAUAAUAAUUUAAAUAUAUAUAUAUAAUUUGGAUAUAAAUAUUAUAUUUAUUAAGUUAAAGACUGUAAAUGUCGAGAGAUACAUUCAAUUAUACAUGGAAUAUCUUCGGAAGAAAUCGAUCCUGUAGAGGAAUCAUACAAUAAAGAUCUACCGAAAGAUAAAAAUUUGUUAGAGCAGACGCUAUGCCAAUGUCACGGUCGUAAGAUGUAAUACAAAUACUUCCAUUCUAUGUAACAAUUAUUAAUUGACUAUUUCCUUUUUAUUUUCUAGCAGAGCUUAUACUUUACCUGUGAAGUACAAGAAUGGUAAAAACUUCAGUAUAUUUAAAUUAUUUACACUAUCGCUAAAUUUUUUUCCUUUUUUUUUUUCAUAUUUAAAAAUUUUAUAAAUUUCUAGUUUGCGUUCGAUAUAAUUUCAAUUAUGAAAAUCCAGGUAGAUUUUAGCGAUUUUCUUUUUAUAAUACUUUUUUAACUUAAUAUAAUUUUAUUUAAAGAUCUUUCAGAUGUACGAAGACCAUUUUGGUGCCCUUUUAAAUGGAAAUGGCCAAAAAGAGAAAUAGAAAGAAAAAAUAAAACAUACGAAGUGAAAUUAACACCAAAAAAAUGUCCUCAUUAUGCGGAGCCCAUUAUGUGCUGUGAAAUAAUGGAAGGGAUACCGCAUAAAAAAAAAAUUACUCCUCCUGAAUUAGAGAAAGUGAAAACUCAUGAAGAGAAAAAGAAAAAAGAAGUAGUAACGGAGAAAAUUGACAUCUAUUACUUUGACCAUGGGAACUCUGCAUAUUAUCGAACAACGGAUUCACCGCCCGUAUUAAUAACCGAGAAAUGUGCCGAAAAAACCGAUCAAGCAGCGAUUCGUUUCUGGGCCGAAAUAUUUGGGACAAUUCAUAUCGGCACUGCUUUCAUCACAGCAUUUAUUUUACAAUUAAUUCGAUUUAUACUUUAUAGUAUAAUCAGACCACUGACAGUGGGCAUUUUGCAAUUGUUUGCAGACUAUUUUAUAAAACCCCUAUUGUCAAUUGUGUUCAAUGCCCUCAUACAGCCUGUAUUGAUAUUGUUAUACAAUAUCGCAACAUCUUUCAAGGAUCUUUGCGAACCUAUCGCGGAAGCGAUAGGAUUGUUCUUACGAGAAAUCGCUCACGUGUGUGCGGCAAUUCGAAUCGUCGAAGUGAAACAGGGUACCGCUCCCCCGGUUGCUUGCACUUGAUGAUUGAAUAGAAGAGGAGAGCAAUUCUGAAUGAACGACGAAAUAUAUGAAAUAUAUUUUUGUUUUUAAGGGAAUAAGGUAUAAAACUCAAUAAUAUUUUGCGAUAUUCGUAAAAAAAUAGCACCAUGUAAGUGUUGACUUAAGUUUACUUCAAAAUAACCGUUUUCCAAGUUAUUUUAACCUCACACCUCCUACCUUGUACUAUAUCUUUAUUUUGUUGUUUAAGGUUGAAAAGGUGAAAGAAAGAACGAUUUACGUUAUACAUCUACUCUCUGAUUGAUUUUAUCUUGAUUUUGAGUUAUGAAAAAAAAUUGAAGUAAAAAACUGAAUUAUGAUUAAAUAGAGUGGAUCAGUUUUAACCCUUCGAGGUCUAAGUAUGUUAACUUAAGUACAGGCCUUAGCUUAGAUAUCUUUAUUUAGAAUAUCCACGAGGCCAUUUUUAUAACAUAUUUAUUUCUCUGAAUAUAUAUAUAUGACUUGAAAAUACUAGGUCUCAAAGGGUUAACAAAGAAACUAAAUUCUUCUAUUCGAUAUACUUAUAAAAAAGAACUUAAUACAAAAGUGUGCGUAUGAAAAGUAUCUUUCUUUUUCACUAAAUCACAAAUUUUAUCCGUUGUUCUUCUGUAGAUGAUGAUAAAAUCAUAUCUCGAUCAUCAAUUUGAAAAAGGCAUUCUGUCCCAGGAUAGAAAUGAUGUGAACUGAAGAAAAUUUGAAAAUAGCUCCGGUAAUAGCUGUUCAAGUUUUUAACGAAUAUAACACAUGCCUUAACACCAGGUAUAUAUUUGGUAUUAUUUAAACUUUACAAUAUUAUUAUCAGUUUCAUUCAUUUUGUUAUUUUUUGUUUUUUUUUUUCUUUUUUCUUUUUGUUUUUACAGAACAAAUUAUCCUCUUAUAGCAACUAACUUCGUCAAUAAUAAUCAAUAAUCAUCCUUCAUCUCUUUCGUAUAUCUUACUGUUUAAUAAAUUAUGUACAAUCUCACAAACAACAAACGGAGGAACCUAAUUACAUCAUGUAGUUGUUCACACUUCGCUAUGUACAGGUACUACUAGUUUUUACAGAAUUGCGCUUUCGCUCCACCUGCGUAUGUAGUCGUUAAUGCUUAAACUCUUGUCGUUCGCAUAUUCUAUUUAAAAAACAAAACAGAAAAGAGAAAGAAAAAAAAGAGAAAGAAAAA